UACAACCGUGAAACGUGUUUGCAAGCAUAUAACAAAAACGUACUAAAGAAUCUGACAAGAAUCAAGAAAGCAUCCACUGUUGCUUCCAUACGAGGAAAUGAAUGUUCCUACAUACUAAACGUUGCAUGCACUUUACUUUAAUUUCCUUGCUUACAGAGGCACGAAUACUGGAAUCCAUUCAUUCCCUUCCCAUCUUCAUCCUAUAAAGGAGAGCAGAGAAGAGAUCAAGACUCUGUAUUGAGAGAGAGAGAGACAGAGCAUAUAUUAAUGGCAGCCCAUCUUCUACACUUCCUCAAGAACAAGUACAUCAAUGAGUUUGAAGCCUCGAAAUUAGUUCGAUGCCCAGCUUUGCUCAAGGAGAUUUCAGAUGAUCUUGGCCAGAAGUCAUUCAAACAUGACAGAAUCCAUGAAGCCAUCGAUCUUCUCUACGACCUAACCAACUCGUUAGAGGAUUGCAGCACGUUCGAGGAGACCCCCGGCGGCGCUGGCGGAAAGAGUCGCCGUUCCUGGCGCGGCAUCCGGAGAGACUGCGAGGCAACAAAAAACAAAUGCUGUAACGAACGUAACACCCGAUCAGACUUAGAGAAAUUGAAAGAACGCCUCGCCGGAAUACAGCUGCCGUCCAUCGAAAAACCACCAGCGGAAACAUCCUCGAUUUCCGUCAUCAAACGAGAAGGCUUUCCGUACUUCGACAAGUCCGAGGUUUUCUGCUUCGACUCCCCGUUCGAGUUCUUCAAGGACGACAUCCUCCCGAAAAACCAGCAUAACGUGGCGAUGGCGUUCGUGGGGAUCGGCGGGUCGGGGAAGAGCACUCUGGCCAGAAUGAUUUUCCUCGACGAAGGGGUUCAGAAACAAUUUGACAACGUCGUCUUGUGGGUCGAUUGCUCCGAGGUAUCCGACUCCCAAACGAAACUGUCGUGCAUAACCGUCGAGAAGUUCCGGCACACUGCCACCCCGUGCCGCUACAAUCUCGAGGAGGCGCUGCGCUCGUUGCACGGCAUCAUCCGUGAUCGGAGAUGCUUGGUCGUGCUGGACGGCCUGUGGACAUCCGAGGGGGCCAAAACCUUCGUGGACGUGGUGACGCAACAGUUACGUGGCACGAUAAUAAUCACCACCCGGUUGAACGACGUGGCGAAGGAUCUUGUGGGCGAAAGCAACAUUUUCUACUCAGAUAACUUUUGGCCUUCGCUGAGAGAAAGGGCAAAGAAGGAAGAAGGCGGCGGGGAAGAAAAAGAUGAUGCAGGGGCAAAAAGGGAAGGGAAGGAAAAGCAAAUCCAAGAACAUUGCUGGUUGGUAUUUGAAGAAACACUGAAAAGGAAGAAGUUUGGAGACAUAGGGGGAAUAGAGUUGCAUAGGGAUAUACGUAUAACUGAGCUGGAAGAAGUGAUUAAGAGGGGCAGUUUGGGAAAUCCCCUGGCUGCCAAGACUUUGGCUGAGGUUAUUUCUCAAAGACUCCACAAAACCGGCUAUUGGGCAGAAGAGCAGAAAACGGGUUCAAAUAAUGAGCAAAAAGUUGAAAACUGGGAAUUUUUACUGAAGGUAUAUGUUUAUGAUCAUCUCUCUUUAAGUAAUGUUUGGUUCAGAGUUUUGAGCACGGAAGGUGUUGUGAAGGAAAAGAGUUAUUAUCGCAAGAAUGAACUCAUGGUAACAUCGAUGUGUCACCCUCGAGACAUACUUCGUUCAUUGAGAGACGUUUGCCACGUGGAGUUUAUUUCAAUGGUGCAUACAAAGGGAGACCUACUAACUAAGGCGGUGUUUGGUUGGCAUGAAUUGGUGUUGGAAUUGAAUUGCAAUUCGAUGAGAUGAUAAACUACAUUGUUUGGUUGGAGGGAAUUGCAAUUCCCUCAAUUCAUUGAAUUGCAAUUCAUAGGUCCCCCCUAUGAAUUGCAGUUCAAUGAAUUCAUCCAAAGGGAAAGGCAAGGAAAAGACAUAUUUGUCCUUGAAUGUUAUUAUUAAAAUUAUUACACAAAGGGUAUUUUAGUCUUUAUA